UUAAUGAAACAACACAAGGAGAUGAAAAUAUAUAAGGAACUAAAAAUGCAAUACAUAUAAAUAAGAAACUCAAUACCAGAGUUAUAUAUUAUCAGGAGGAGAAACUGUAAUUGUACUACAGUCGGACUAUUAAGGAUUUGUUAACGUAUAGGACUAUCAUGGAGAGAAAAUCAUUCUUGAGUGCUAUCUUCAUUGUUCUUUUGGUUUCGCCUGCUUCCAUAAUGGCCAAAACUUUAGAAGAAGUAAAUGAGACAAGAAACAAACGACAAGCCCAGGCUUUGUUGCCUAUAGCAUCGUACGCAGGGCUGACCGUAUCAGCCCCAGUCUUUGCUGCUUUGGUGACCGUAUACGGAGCCUACGCCCUUUACAGAUACAACAUAAGGAGGAGAGAAAAUUCCUACCAAAGAAUAAGGAGUGACCAUGACAGUCAUUCGUGUGCUAACAACCGAGGGUGGUGCAGACCGACCUGCUUUUCUCACGAAUACACCGACUGGUUUAACAAUGAUGUGUGUGGAUCAUACAGGUGCUGCAGACCCGGACGGAGUGGAUAAACUAUGCAUGCAGAGAUUACUGAGCCACGUCAAUAUAAAACUGAUUAAUUUCAAAUCGUCAUUGAUAGAAACUGUUCACAUAAUUUUUCUUCUGAUUUAAACUGUUAUACAAUUAUAUUAUUUCAGAGCUUUUGGUAUUAUAGUAUUUGUUUGGUUGUUUUAUCGUCAUAAAUUCUUUCAACUUU